ACAAUCAUUACAACUGUUGACCAAACAAUGAGCAACAUUUUUCCGCUAUGAGCAAGUAUGAAGACACGACUUACGACAUACGUGUCGAUGAUGAACCUAUUAUUGUUGAGUCUCCAAUAACCUAUUGAAUUAUGUGAAUGAAAAGGAUUGAAAAACGGACUCAUUAUGCAGUAAUAAGUCAUGGUGAUUUUGAUGUCUGCAGAAAUUAUACCAAACCAGUCAUCUUCUUCGUAGCGCUGAUAUUCUUUGGCGGGAUAUUCUUGACUGCUAUCCUCUUACAAAUCGACGUUCAGAUUCUCUUCACGCCUUCAUGGCUGGAAAACGAGAAAUACGCAGCAUCCUCGUUGAGCAGUGGCAAGGUUGUUUGCUACUUAACAAUACCAGGGAACGACACAACGACACAUCUAAGUGUUUCAAGCGUCGAUCCAAACCUCUGCACUCAUGUCAUAAUCGGAUUUGCCAGUGUCGUCAACUGUACCGUCAACCUCGGUGGAAAUGAGAAAAUUUACAAAGAUGUCGUCAAAUUGAAGAGCAACAAUCCACAGCUGAAGGUUAUGAUCAGCGUCGCCGGUAUGAAUGAAAUAUCGACUGGAUUUCCAGUGAUGGUCCGAAACCAUGCAAAUAGGAAAAAAUUCAUUAGGUCAGUAUUAGCAGCAGCCAAAUCUCUGCAGCUCGACGGUCUUGAUAUCGACUGGGAAUUCCCAGCAUGGCUAGAUGCUGAUGGUCGUCAAAGGAUCCACUUUGUCCAGCUGUUAUACGAGUUGAAGAGGGCAUGUACUAGGAGAAAACACAAAUUAGUUUUAUCCGUAGCAGUUGCUGCAUCUGAAGCUAUGAUAGACCAAUGCUACAAUGUACCUGAGAUAGCAGAGCAUGUGGACUUUAUUAAUUUAAUGGCCUACGAUUAUCAUUUCUAUGCUCCUGAAUUGCCCUUCACCGGUCUCAACGCCCCGCUUUAUCGGAACCGGAAGGAUGCCGGUUUGUUUGCCACCAUGAAUGUGAAUUAUUCAGCGAAUUACUGGGUGGAAAAAGGAAUGCCUCGAAAUAAAAUUGUCGUUGGCAUACCCACGUACGGACAUUCGUUUAAAUUAGAAAACGCUGAAAAUCACGGACUGCAAGCCCCUUGCAGUGGAUAUGGCUUGCUGGGUUACAGCGGCUUUGCAUCAUAUCCAACAAUCUGCAGUUUCCUUAAUAAUUCGGCCACGCGUGUCUUUGAAAACUCAAGUCAAGUGCCGUAUGCCUACAAGGACACAGAAUGGAUAUCGUAUGACGAUAUUCUUAGCGUCACUACAAAGGCGAACUGGAUACGAUCUUCAGGAUUCGGUGGCGCAAUGAUAUUUUCUCUAAACACGGAUGAUUGGAACGCGACUUUGCACCGGAAUUCGACAUUCCCAUUGACACGUGCUGUCGCGAAUAUUAUUCGCGAUGAUCUGAAUGAGACACAUCACGUGUAUUAGAUCUUAUCCAAAGAUACGAUGAAUUUUUUGUAUAAUUACUCUGAAAAUUUAAAUCAUACCAAAUUUAAUUCACGCCGGCUAAAAUGUGACUAUGAAUUAUAGUACGAAAAUUUUUUUCACCUUGCGAAAUCACAUCGCCGGACAUUAUA